AUGAGAAUUGGCUACAUGAAUAGCCCGGAUUACAAGCGCCGUGUCAUGUGCAAGAAUCUGGCGCUCUAUGAAGAGGCGCUUGAGGAACUCAAAAACCAUCCUUCCAUAACCAUGGAAGAACUAUGUCGCUCUUUCUACGCCGUUUACCAAAACCCCUGGCGCGAUCUCGGCUUCUGGGCACCUCCCAGUUUCUCCACGGAGACCACGUGGGACUGCUGGCACAAAGACGAGGAUGGUAAUUACGAUGGCAUGAAACAUCCAUACGGGUUGGAAUACAGCGACAACUACAACUACGACUCUGACUCUACAAUGUAUUAUUCCUCGAUCUUGGCGUCCGAAAAACGGCCUCUUACUGUCUUCAAUGCGCCGCUCGUCAGAUGGGUCCACGGAGGUCCGGACUAUACUCUACCUACAGCAGUAACUGAGGGGAAUGCUGUACUGAUCGGCGAGAUUCCGUACAAGAGAGGGCCGUCGGAUGGAGACUUCGACGGUGUCAAAAGGUUGUAUCCCUGGAGGGGAGAGGCGUAG